AUGGCGUUGGACUUGAAAGGAGGCAUGGUUGAUAUUAUCACUGUGAAAGGUGUGGCCACUUCUACCUCAAAUGGAACAGGUGUGGCUGCAGGUGAUGUUACUUCUACCUCAAAUGGAACCGAUGCGGUUAUCUCAACCUCAACUGGGGGCUAUACCUGGACCACAAUAGCAUUGAGCGUUACUGCGGCCUUCUUAGGAUCAUCUCCCUCUUUGAUAAGUCCAAUUAAUCCCUCGGGAUCCUACUCCUCGUAUCCUUUUGUUUCUAAUCCUACUUCCUCCUCUCCAGAUCAUAUAUUCCCCAUCUUUUCUCCAACAGAUACUACUUACCCUAUAUCUCCACCAGUUUCCCCUUCACUAAAUGCAGACUCACUUGACUCUCCAAUUCCUACUAAGGAUCAAUUACCUCACAACUUCAGUUCACCUAGUUCUAGUAGCACUAGUAAGAGUUUCCCUUCUUCUGCAAUCCCAGCUAGCUUUCAGUCACCUCACAUUGGUCAUUCAUCGAGAAACAAUACCACAUCUAGACCUCAUUCACCUAGGAGAAACUCUCAUGAUCAUAUCUUGACACCACCUGUACCUAGAAGAUCUAGUAGAGAAACUCAAUGGCCAAGACAUUUCAAAGAUUACAGUUGUAAUAACAUCUUCCUCACUCAGUUUACUGAUUCUUGUCUAGCACAACCUGCUAAGCCUAAUUCCAUUUCAAAAGUACAAGAGCCUGUUAAUUAUUCUCAAGCCUUUAUGCAUCUUGGUUGGCAAAAGGCCAUGUACUCAGAAAUUGCAGCUCUACAAGAGAACCAUACUUGGGAUGUGGUGCUAUUACCUAAAGGGAAGAAGGCAUUGCCUUGA